UCCAGGGUGUACAUCACUUUUUUUUUUUGAAAAUUUUAUCUUACAAAAUUUUUGUGAAUAUGAAAAAUGCAAGUGGUGUUCGCUAUUUAUUUACGCAUAAUGAUGUAAACAGCUAGAGAAAUGAAGCAGAUUUGUAUAUUGGAGCUGUUUCUACUUUUCUUCUUUAAAAACAUAUGGAGCUGUAAGAGUUUGAAAAGUGUCAACUUGAGCGUGCCAAUUGCCGUGCGAGCGGGUCAUUCCGUAACACUUGAAUGCGACUACGACCUGGAGGGUGCCCCGCUGUAUUCAGUCAAGUGGUAUUAUGGCGACUCAGAAUUCUAUAGAUAUGUGCCAAAAGAAGAACCACCUACAAGGGUAUUUCCCCUACGUGGGAUGCAUGUCGACGUAUCAGGGUCAAAUGCGCGAAACGUGACACUGCUCACCGUAGGUCGACAACUAUCCGGAAUAUUUAAGUGUGAAGUGUCCGCUGAUGCUCCUUUGUUUCAUACCGAGAUUAGAUCUGCCAAAAUGGUAGUUGCUGUUGUUCCAAAUGGCGCACCUGUGGUGAGAGUCGACAAAAGUAAACUGGAACAAGGUGGACCACUAAUUGCUGAAUGUACUGCACCCCCUGCAUAUCCAGCCCCGAAUCUCACCUGGUUUGUAAAUGACCAAAAGGUACCUGGUUCAACUUCAACAUCGAUUAGAAUAGACAAAGAUCUCCUGGAAACAGCCACAGGAAAAUUAGAACUAACGGGAGCAGGUGGAACGUGGGUGUUAGUACGUCUAAAAUGUGAAGCGUCGGUUUUUCGACUUUACAGGGCUAGCAGUAUUGAAGUGUCAGUCAAACCGGAAUCUCCUAAACCACAACCAGCAUCUAUUCUACUAAUGGAGUCAACUUCUAAUGGCUGUUGUUCCACGACCAAUAGACAAGAUCACUUGUAUUUGUGCAUAGUCUUGUGUCUAACAGUAAUGGUUCUGGUUCGACAGCAAAUGAUCGUCAGUUAGCCGACACUGCAGCAAAUUAGAGACGCAACCCCAUGAGAAUUACCAUUUUACUUACGACAUGACGAGAACUGAAGCAGAGAUGCUGACUCAAAACAUUUUUCGUGUAAAUGUGUCGAGCAAAUGAAGCUACUGAAAAAAUCCCAAACGUCUGACUGGUGACAUCCUUGCAAAUGAAUGUGCUAACCGUGAAAAGUAUUAGAUAAAUAAUUAAAUAUAUGUGAUGGAAAUUAAAUCAAAAAGUACUGUUUAUUAUGGAAAUUUCAAAUUAAUUGCCUACUUGGGUAGGUACAAUGUUCGUGGAACAGAAAAAAACUUACUGGUAGUUGAAGAACGUCUAUUUUGGUUGUAUCAAAUUAUAUCGCGAAAGAAACUUCGCAAGAAGGUAAGCACCCACUUAACGAAAAUGAAUUUGUAUUUGUAAAUAACUAUCUAUGUACUUAUCUGUAUAUGAGUGAACUUUAAUGUAAUACUCAAUUAUUAUUUAUUUAUUUGAUUUCAUACGUACAAAAACCUGGGAAUUUAAUAUGAUAUUAAACAAAUAGAAAGGCAAUUGAACUUAUUUUAUAAAAAAUCAUCAUGAAUUUUUACAUCAGUAUCUACGACUAAAUGUAAACGAUUAAUAUGUAAUGAGUAUCUACUAUACAUAGAAUAUUAUAUAAAUGCGUACUAUACUAAUUGAAUUUUCCAUGUGUCAAAGACUUUUACAGUAUUUGUAUUCGAAUAUCAUGUUAUUUUGAAAAAAAAAAUAAUGUCAGUCUCACACUAUGAUAUCAACAUGUGAUAUGGUAUAUAAUAAGAGGUUAAAAAGUAUUAAUGGAUGUAA